AUGUGGAUACCGUGUUUUGCCAAGGCCGUGCGCAAGUGCAUCCAAGCUCCUGCCAGCAACUCCGACACCACCGACCCUCCGCAACUACAGUACCUGCGACAUGUCAUGACGGCGCAAUUCCCAACCCGGCAGAUCGCCAAGCUCUCCGGCCACAAUGGACCCGUCCAUGCCGUGACCUACAGCGCCGGCAUUGGCCAAUACAUCCUCACCGGCAGCUCCGACCGCACGGUCCGGCUGUUCAACCCGGGGCGUGGCGGCGGCCUGCUGGUGCAAGAGUACGACGGGCACGGCUACGAGGUGCUGGACCUCGCCGUGGCGGACGACAACGCGCGCUUCGCCAGCGUCGGCGGCGACAAGCACGUCUUUUUGUGGGACGUGGCGACGGCGGCGACGCUGCGCCGGUUCAGCGGGCAUGCGGGGAAGUGCAAUGCCGUCGCGUUUGCGGCCGGGGGGGAUGUGUUGGUUAGUGGGAGCUUCGAUGCUACGGUCAAGCUGUGGGAUCUCAAGAGCCAGUCGCACAAGCCGCUCAUGACGCUAUCGGAGGCCAAGGAUAGCAUCUCGUCGAUUUGCGUCUGGGAGCAUGAGAUAUUCGCCGGGUGCGUGGACGGAAGGGUUAGGACCUACGAUAUCCGGAUGGGACAAGUGUUCGUCGACGUUCUUGGACAUCCGGUCACGUCUGUCACGCCUACUAGGGAUGCCGACUCGAUCCUGACCAGUACGCUCGACUCGACGAUACGUUUGAUGGACAGGUCAAACGGAAGGUUGCUGCAGUCUUACAAGGCGCCUGAGUACGUGAACACUGAGUACCGCAUCCGCUCGACUCUUGGUCUCAAAGACACCGUUGCCGUCGCAGGGAGUGAGGAUGGCAGUAUUCUUGCUUGGGACAUUGUUUCAGGCACUGUCCAGCAUCGGCUUCGGCACGGAGAGUCUGAAGGUACCUCCAAGAGAGAUGUCGUCAGCGCUGUAGCGUUCUGUCCGAGAAGAAACGAGUUCGCUAGCGCCGGCGGUGACGGGAACGUGGUAGUCUGGGGAGUAUAG